ACGAAAGCGUCGCGAAGUGAGCAAGUUCAACAGGAAGCGAUGCUUUUUAAUCUACCAACAGCACACCACACCCCCAUUCUUCAUUGUAAUCAUCGCCUAAACACGACCACACUUUUAAUUCAGCAUCACAGGGGCGCGCUUUGAUGCUUCCGACGCUAGCUUGGCUUGUUAGCCGCUAACCAAAGAGACACGGAAGUUAGCGACACAUGCUAAAGCGUGUGGAAAUGUGCGCCGUCUGAGAGUGCUGGCGAACAAGCGACAAACGGCGGCUGUCGGAAUAUUUGCAGCGUUGAAGAGAACGAUAGUAGGAACUUUCUCCAACUAAAGAGGAGAACCAAGUGUCAACUGCUAGACGUUGUCUUUAGGAACCAUCUCAUGGAGUCGCACGGAGCAGAUCAUGCCUCGGUGCAGCAAGAGUGGAGAUCCAGGGAAGAGCAGGAGGAGGAGCAGCCCCCCCACAUGAAAGAGGAGGAGUUGGAUGCUGACAUCAGCAAGUUUGCAGUGAUCCGUGUGACUGUGAAGAGUGAAGACGAUGAGGAUGAAGCUCGGUGGUCACAGCUUGAUGACGGUCAAAGCGAGGAGACCAGGAAGUCCCAAGAAGACGGCCUCAUGGCGCCGCUGUCAGGCGGCGACGACACGGUGUCACACUCUCCUGACACCAACGAAGAGGACAUGACACGUCACACUGACGACACGCGCUUUAAAUGCUCUCAGUGCGACAAGACGUUUGGCUACAAAAGAAAUUUGAAAGUACACAUGAGGCGUCACACGGGAGAAAAAAGGUUCGCUUGCUCAUUCUGCCGCAAAAGUUUUCAUCGAAAGGCACAUUUGGUGGCACACACAAGAACGCACACGGGUGAGAAACCGUUUUCCUGCUCGGUCUGCAACACCAACUUCAACGCCAGUUCAACGUUGAGUCAGCACAUGAGGACCCACACCGGGGAAAAACCUUACACCUGCUCCUUUUGUGCCAAAACCUUCUCUCAAAGGGGGCAGUUGAUGGCACACACGAGAAAACACACGGGGGAAAAACCGUUUUCCUGCUCAGUCUGCAAAAGCGGUUUCAGCGUCCGCUCGGCUUUAGUUCAGCACAUGAGAACGCACACUGGCGAGAAACCUUUUCCAUGCUCAGUUUGUGGGAAGACAUUCUCCAGAAAAGUAACUUUGAAAGAACAUGCCAGAACCCACACAGGAGAAAAACCCUUUUCAUGUUCUGUCUGCAAGGUGAGCUUUAGUUUUCAGACGACUUUAAUUCGGCACAUGAGAAUGCACACUGGUGAGAAACCUUUCCCCUGCUCAGUCUGCACUAAAAGAUUCUACGUGAAAAGAAGUUUAAGAGCUCACAUGAGAACGCAUACUGGAGAAAGACCAUUUCACUGCUCAGUCUGUAGCAGGUGUUUUAGCUUUCAGACGGCAUUGGUCAGGCACAUGCAAACGCACACUGGGGAGAAACCCUUCAUUUGCUCAGUCUGCGGUCAAACCUUCUCUCAAAAAGGCACCUUAGUGAAACACACCCGAACUCACACGGGUGAGAAACCGUGCUCUUGCUCUUUUUGCGGCCAAGCGUUUUCUGACAAAAGCAGUCUGAUGACUCACACCAGAACGCACACCCUGGAGAAACCUUUUCCGUGCUCGGUGUGCGGCGAAAGAUUCUCACAAAAAGGAAACUUGAUGGCGCACACCAGGACUCAUACCGGAGAGAAACCCUUUGCUUGCUUAGUUUGCUCUAAAAGAUUCACUCGUAAAAACAGUCUAACGAUCCACACCAGGACGCACACUGGAGAGAAACCUUUCCGCUGCAAUGUGUGCAAUGACACCUUUGCGUAUAAGUUCCAGCUGAGCAAACACAAAUGUGCCGGCGAGGAGAAGCGGCAGUAAAUUGAUGAUGAAAAGUCUUCUUCUACAUUUGCUCCCAUGUUGAAUGUGUAUCUUGUGUCAAAAUAGAUCUCAGUCUGAGCUCUUUGAAGGAUGUUUCCUGUUUGCUUUACUUCUCUGAUUCAAAUCGGAAUAAAACAGGGGACAAAGAUUUUAGUGUUUUCUCAACCAACUUACUUUUCGUUUCAUUCCGUUUUCACUGAAGAAGUUGUAUGGAAAUGUGCGUUUGUUUUUUUUCGGCGCUGCGAAAUGCUUUGCUGACUCGCCGUCUGUGCAUUUUUUGACUGAGCAAAACUGAGAACUGCUGUAUAAACGGAUCAGCGUCGACGGGGCCAGGAUGACACCAUGCCGUGCAAGACCGCCUCCUUGAAGCUUUCCAUGGGCUCUACUGUCCCUGGCCGCUCUGACUGGACUGAAGUGGGCUGGCUCCUCACAUUAAGGUGUGUAUCGUUUAUUACUUUGGCUCCUCCCACCUGAGAAGAUGGAUAGAUGGAUGGA